UUGCUUCUCAUGUCCGUUACUCUAUAUUAUAAUUUUUUACAUAUUGAAACUAUUGUAAAUUUAUAUGAUGCCAAUAAACCAUAUUCAAGAUCGAAAUGUUUCAUUGCUACAUGUGCUUGAUUGACCCUGUUCAUUUUCUGUCAUUAGUAUGCUUGAAACUCUUAUAUUAUUUAUUUUCCAUAAUUUGGAUCUCAUUAUAUUGAAACACGUAUUUAAGUGGAAAUCGCAUUAGGUCAAGAUACCUUCUUUCUCUUUCUUGUUUUGGUUAAGGAAUUGUGAGAGUAAUGAAUGCAGAUGCCCUCGUAGAUUAUAUAGCAUGGAAACUAGAUAUCUUAUUAACAAUUGUUGAUGGUUAUUCACGUAUUGAAUGACCAUAUUGUUGUUAUUUACUACAAACUCUCAUAUUUGACAAUGAUCCUAUAUUAUCAUACUUAAUGCUACACUGCUGUAGAGACAAUUUGAUAGGUGCUGCUGGAAAGCAAAAGUAAGAAAAUGAUGCUGAUAUAUGUCAUAUUUCAGAUUUUUGAUUUUAGUAUAAACCUUUAGAUGCACUGAAAACGUGUUUGUAUUGUGAGAUGUUUUGCAUGUUAUCUUUUUGACAUCUAUUGAUCCCCUUAGUAUGAUUUUCUUCAAAUCAAAGUAAUUUUCCUUAAAAUUUAUUUGAUUUGUCUAUUAAAAUUAGUUGUUUCUUUGUUUUAAUGUGAUCAUAUUUUCCCAGCUAAUACUUUGUGAUGAUGGAGAUUUGAAUUUAACACAAAAUAAACUUUCACAAAAUAAGUCUGUUAAUGGAAAGUUGAAUAAAAGUCUCAUUGCCAGUGUAGAAUUAUUUAAUUUUUAGAGUACACAGACAAACAUUGCUUGAAAACUUAUAAAACUAGGGAGAUAUUGGAGGGAAUGUAAAAUUCAAUUUGAACAUGCACGUGAACUGCAAACUAUAAUUUUGAAAUGUUACCUUUUAAAAAAUUCAAGUCCAUUAUUGUUUUAAAGAGAUUCUAAUUACAUCCUACUUAGAUCCAUCGUUCAAUGGGUACUUACUAUGUUUUUCAAAUGCAUAUUUUUUGGAGUUCUUUUUUAGUAUUUUUUAAUUUUUUUGAUAGCUAGUUUCUGUUCUUCAGUAAACUAUUCUUAAUUAGUUUCCGUGUCAUAAAUCACUUUUGGGUUUCUAUUCAAAAUCUAGUACUAUCAUUUGUGCACGCCUUAGGCUCUGCACAAGUUGAAGCUUAAUGUUUCACAUUGCGCGAUAAAUUACAGAAGAUAUUCUUGGACAACCCUCAAAUUUGUAAAUUGCUGGUUAAGGUAUGAUCAAGUAUGACACACUUCAUAAUAUCUCAGCAGUUUGGGUAUUUGAUUAACCAAUAGAAAGUUCAAUGACUGACAGUACUUUUUUAUCAGAAUGGAUUGUGCUGGUUGGUUUAUCUUAAUGCUGCUUUUGGUGUUGUUUCUCGGCAAACUUCAUCCUGGUUUACUCUAAUCUUAAUGUAUCUAUGAAACAGCAGCAUUAUAUGAAGGAUCAGAAUUUAGGUUUUUCUGGGCAUAUUUUCUUCCAUAACAUAUAGAUUACAAGCUGGUUCGAUGAUACAUCCAAAUGUUAUUCCUAGUAAGUUCUGCAGUUUGUCUAUUGGUGGAGCAUGUGGUAUUUCCUUCAUCUGUGAAUUCUCCUUCAAUGACAUUACAAAGGGAUCUCUUGUAUGGGAGAUAGAGUCAGAACAGACCAAUAUAUUACAUGUGGGAUGGAUUAUAAAUUAUUCUUUGAUAUGGCACCAAGGAGAAAUCUGUACCACACAGAAUGCAUUGUUUUUUUAAUUGCUCGAGAAGACAGGGAUUCAUCUAUCCUUUAUCUGUUGCUUCUAUGAUAUUUGAAGGGUUUUCUCAAUGGUAUAAGCUCAAACACUGGUAUAUCUAUAUCUAUUCAUUAUAUGAGAGCGGUAUUUUCUAUGUCCUCUUUGGCAAUGGCAUGAAGGCACUAUAACUGUUCAUUAUUAUGUUACUCAUGUUGUACCAUGGUAGGCGGGAAUAUCAAGGUAGUGACUUGAGAGAUAAGCUUGACAAAAGGCAUUCUCCACUGCAACGGUAUUCUCAUGGGAGAGAUGUUAGAGGCCGAUAUGCAUCUCAUGGAUACAGUCCUUCCAGAUCUAUAGAGAGGAGGAGUGACAGAAAACACAGGAAGAGACAACAGUUGGAUGGACAAAGUGAUUUUUCUGGGAGUGGGAAAAUCUCAGAUUCUACUGGAGAUCGAGUUAAAGACAAAAAUAUAUUAUCCUCUGAAACCAAAGACAUUCUUGAGGAGCAGUUAAGGCAAGUGCAGUUGGAUAUCGCCAUGCUAGAUGACCACAAAAGUCAACUAGAGAUCUACCUGGAACAGAGGGUCCAAGAAGAAGAUAGUCUUACUUCUAAAGUUCAGGAGCUUGAGAUGCAGUUGAGCAAAGAGAAAGAGGAAUGCAAAAGGAUAACUUCGAAAAUAAAAAAGUUCACCAAGGCACACAAUCGUUACUCGCGGAUACAAGAUGAGCUAAAGAGGUCACAAGCUCGACUUCAGAAGCUGGGAGACCAGCUCGGCUCAGAUACUACUAGACUUGGUGCUGAUGAAGGGGAUUCAAACGUCAACAUUUUAAGUGAUGGAGAAACCAUUGGUAAUCAAGCAACAAGCCCUCGAAAUGAGCCGCAAAAGCGUGCUUCUCCAAGCAAGAAAAGGCCACGGUCUAACGUGGAAGCUGCUGAAGAGCCAAGACCAGCAAAUUUAACAAAAGGAGAAAGAUUUAUGGCUGGAACAAUCAAAUUACAGAAGCUUUCUCGAUGGAGUGCCCAACAUGCUCAAUCUAAUGAUAAUAAGGAAGCUGAGUUAGAGUAUAAUGGAAAUCAUGGUAGUAGGCCCUUAGCUAAUGAAGACAAGCCUAAACAAGGAAAGAAUUAUUCUGAUAUUGUUCACUUGGCAAAUAAGUUGAAGGGUUCUGAGUCAGGUUUACUGCUGUCAUCAACCGGAAUGGCUGCUCAUGCAGAGGAUGACGUGGAAGUGAUUGAAAUGGGGGAAAAGAUUGAGGUGGUUGAUGCUGUUCCUACAAGAGCCGAGAAAGAAGUUUCAUUUGAGAUCCCAAGAUUCCCAUUUCCGCUGCCUCCGCCACCACCUCAUUUUCCUCAAAAUGCUUAUGCGGAGUAUGAGGGCGGUGAUGAGAAUGUAGACGUAGACGGGCUUGAGGAGGAUACCGUGGAUGUGGAUAUUGUUUGAUAACUUGAUAAAGCUGCAAAGCAGUCUUGGUAUACGUCUUCAUGUAUAUAACUAUUUCAUACAUUUUCCAACAAGUAUACUAAAGACUCCUGGGCUUGAUGUGUAGAGUUGUGGGGUUGAAGAUAUAUGAUUCACAUGCAUGUCAAGGUUUUUUUUUUUUU